AUGGAUACCAUACCACAAUAUUAUCAACCUGAUAACAUGUCUAUGAGUAAAGAACCGUCACAGCUUUCGUCAAAUUUCGUACAACCGGAGUUAUCGCAAUUACAUACUUAUACACCCAUGACUGACACUGGUUACCCUCCGGAUCAAUUUGGAAUGCAGCAAGACCCCCCUCCAGUCUCUGAACCUCCACCUUAUGAUGAAUUCACCGGUUACAAUUGGGUACCAGCGGAAAUGGCUACUUUUUUUCCUCCUGCAACUGAUGAUUUUGGUCAAAAUCCUCUUUUAAAUUCAUACGAUGAGGAAUUUAUAUUUAAAGGUUUCCUCGAUAGUAUUCAAGAAAAUCCAAAUUUUAUUUUUAAUCCAACACUACCAGUAAAUAUGCCCCCAUAUCCACCGCCUGAUAAUGGUAUAAAUAAUUCCAUUCAUCCUAUGGGUACACCAUCUGUCAUGAACAACGUGUAUAAUCCUUCGCAAAGUCAUCCUUCUGACAUUUUGGCUCGUCAUCAAUUUCCUUCUUCAAAUUCAACAAGUUUAUCCCCUCGCACAUCAAAUAUCACUCUUUCUCCCUCUCCAAAACAUUCUCCUCAUGACAUUAGGCAAUCUUCACAGUUAAUAUCUCCAAUUGAUGACAAAGAUAAAUCGUCUGUACCUGCAAAACGUAAACAAGAUGGUGAAGACAGGACUAGGCGCCAGCCGUCCAACCCUCGUUUAAGUCCCAUAAAUACUAAACUCAUUAUGACUCAAUCACAUAGUUCUACUUCAAGUCCUAGGCCGAUUUCCCCAUCUAUGCAAUUGUCUAAUCUUUCAAUUAAUAGUGGUAACACGAAUAAUAUCUCUAAUGAAAAUGAUAAUGAUAAUGACGAAAGUCUUGGAAAUACUCCUAGUAGUAGCAAUAAUUGCACUCCAUCACCACGAACCCCUAAUAGGGAAUUAACAAAGAGUGAAGAAGAAAAUGCUUCUAUGAGUAAUCUUAUUGAAACUGACUCAAAUGAUAAUGAUAACAAUCUUGAUGAUUAUGUGGAAAUAAAAUCUGAAUCAAAACCUACUCCUCAAAAAUCAAGUAGAAAACCUUAUAAAGAACUCCUUACUGAGGAGGAAAAAAGAGCGAAUCACAUUGCUUCAGAACAAAAACGAAGAAACACGAUUCGUGCUGGCUUUAAAGAAUUAACAGACAUUAUACCUACCUUAAAGAAUGUGAAUAAUUCAAAGAGUACAAUAUUAUUUAAGGCUGUGGAUUAUAUAAAAUAUUUAGAAAGGAGAAAUCGAAAUUUAAAGGAACGUGCUGGUCUAUUAGAAAUGCGUGUUGAAAUGGAAAUGAGACAAGGAAAGCGAUAUCACCAUCAUGGUGGAUUUGGUCCUGCAAUGGGUUUUGGUCAUCAACGAGUUGGUCCAAUGCCAAUGGGUCCUCCUUAUGGUGUAAUGCCUAACUCAUUAAAUGGAAUGAAUGGUAUGCAGAUUCCAAUUGGACAAGGUCAUCCUCCACCACAAACACACGUAAUGGCUCCACCAAUGCAGAACAUAUAUUUUGUUUCUGCUGAUAACCAACCUAUGCCAUCACAACAACAGAUAUUGUCUGCAGGUGGUGUGGUCCCAUCUGUAAAUCAAUCGAAUAAUAUAUUUAGAGGUAAUAUGCAAAUACCUAUUCAACAACAACCUCAACAGGUUAACAAUGACAAUAAUAAUGGUCUUGUUCCUGAAUGA